AGCCUGUGUGACCACAGCAGUGCAGUGAUCCACAGCGGUCCACACAGGUUGUUCGUCCACAAAUGGGCCGUAGUUAGCUUGCAUCUACCCCCUCUUCUACUGCAAGCCGUCCGCAGCAGGUGCAAGCAUCAUCCACCCAUUCUAAAGGUUAUUUUCCACUUAAAGUCGGAGAAAAUGGCAUCAAUUCCAUCAAGCGGUUCUCUCGUCGCCACACAUGACUACUAUAGACGACGUCUCGGGUCCAACUCCAGCAGCAGCUCUUGUGGCAGCGCCGAGUACACUGGGGAGGUUAUUCCACACCAUCCAGCACUUCCGAGGCAAGACUCCGGUCACUGGUGGACUUCGUUCUUCUUUGCAAAGCAGAACCAGCUCGCUAUGCAAAAUGGAUCUGAAAAUCAAAAGAACGGAUACACUUUAGCCAACGGACAGGUGACCUGCAUCGCCAAGGAAAUGGUUUGGACCAGACAACUCAGCGAAAGCAGCGACGGUGGAAAACAUGAACCUAUGUCCCCGCCACCAACUUCCUCCUAGUCCUCAACCCUCCUCCUCAUCCUCCUCCUCUGCACCUUCCUCACCAUCCACUUGCCACCUCUCACAUAGUCCAGCAAUGGAGAUGUAACGAUGGUGGUUGCGUUGAUGGGGUUUCCUCACCCUGUCCUUUUUGCCUGUAUAUAGUAUGUUUAUAUAUUGACCAAAAGUUAUGAAAAAGCUCCUAUGUAAAAACAUUUUUUAUGCAUAUGUUGUAAUAAAUUACAACUGACAAUAAAACUAUAUUCUAAUCACC